GUUAAAGUCACGAUAUGAUCAGAGAGCAUGUAUGAGUUAAGGAUGUGAGGUAUCAGAUUUUACUAACAGAAAGACUCAGUGUGCGUGCGUUUUUGGAUUAUCCUUUUCAUCCUCUGUUACUGCGCAAACAGCAAUAACUCCAUGUGCUCCAGUCUUUUAACAGAAAAGGAAAAUGAGAUUCAGCCUUUUCUUCCUUUCAUUUGGCGGUUUUUCACAGCUGUGGGGAAAUCUGACACAUUUCGGCAGUAACUACAAUCUGGAGUGUUUAAAUGAUUACCUCUUCACCAUCACCUGCCUUUUGAAUACGUCUACUGAAGUACUGCCCCACAGCACCACCUCUUGGCUAGAGUUCUAUGAUUACGUGGACAUGAAUCAGGGACACAAGUGUGUGUUAAAGGCGCACACACAUGGAUGGGUUUGCGUGUUGGACGUAUCUCCAUGGCUUGAAUACACGUUCAGUGACACGGACACCUUCCAGAUCUCCCUGACCUCCAGUUACCAUGGCAACAACAGCUCAGUAGUUCUGGAGAUGGAAUACAUGCCAGUAAAACACAUUCGUCCUGUUCCUCCCACUAACCUGACAUUGCUAUGGGAGAUUGAUCAGGCUGUUUUUUAUUGGCAGAGUGGAUACCAAGAAAACAUCUUCCUCAUACCGUACCUCCAGUACAAAUUUAGCAUUAGCAGCAAGGACCAGGUUUUGGAUGUCCAGCUGGUUGACACAAAUGUGGCUGUGGAAGUGGCCAGGUUUGCACCUCACACAAACUACACAGCACGUGUGUGCUCAAUGCCCAAUCAGAUGCAUUACAAAGGUGUUUGGAGCCAAUGGGGAUCUGCCAUACACUGGACAACCGGAGCCAUUCACAAAGCAGACUCUCUGGAUACAUCACUGGACAGUAGAUGGUUUGCUCUGAUCAGUGUGCUGCUAGUUUUGCUACUCUUCUACAUUCCAUAUUCCUGGUGCAAAAGUCAGGUACUGACACCAAGUCCCACUUCAUAUUUCAGAGAUUUCAAAAGGCCUGCGGUGCAGCCAGCUGUACUUCCACAACAGGAGGAGUCUCUUAAAAUUGACAGUAUAUUUGAAGAGUUUGAGAGCAGCCCUCAGUCAAGCUCCACCCACUAUGAGAAGAUCAGCAUUUAUGCCAACUCAGGGUAUGCCUGCAUCUCUGCCCCACCCAAAUCUCCCAGCAUGCUCCACUGCACUGAGGGUGCAGAGGUCAGAGCUGCAGAGAGCAGCAGCAUGAUGUACACCAAAGACUACUGCAAGCUCAGUCACACAGACUGAAUACAUACAUAUAUCACACAAAAACCAAAUGCACACAACAAAUGUCCCAGAUGGAAAAUUGGCUGCAAUAAUGGAGUAGUGCUACUGAUGGGAACUUUAAAAAGAAGUUUCUUAAAAGUCCGUCCCAGUGUGUUAACAUUUUUAAAAAAAGUUUUAAAAAUGAAAAACAGGCAAAUAAAUAAUCUUUCUCCUAGUAAAUACUUUAACGCAACUCUAAAAAAAAGAUCCUUUAAAUUACAAUUCUACCAGUCCAGUAUACCUUUACCAGCUAUUGCACUAUAACCAAUAUUUUCUAUAAUUCGGUAUUGUCAUAUUUACAUGUUUAUUAAUAUGUCAUACUUUUUGUUUGCGAUUUUAUGCAACUGGACCGUCAAACAGCAUAUUGAGAUUUAAUUGUUUAAAGUAUGAUGUUUAAAUGUCUCACUCCUGUAUCCUCUUUGGAAAAACAUUUAACAUGCUUAGCCUUUUAAUUUAAAAAAAAUAAAAAAGUUUCCCCCACAUGCUAGUUGUUUUCUAUAAAAUUGUGUAAGGAGUUGGCUCAAUAUUGAGAGUGGUCUUACUAUUCAGAGAUCCAUGGAUGGGUCUCAUUAAUAUUAAUUUUGCCAUUAUACUGACUGUCCUCUUUCGAAAAUUUUUGGAUCACACGCUGAAAUUUAUUUAUUUAUUUUAAAUAAAAAUCACAACACUAUCAGAAAUUGCACAAAUAAAUAACGUGACGCCUGCCGAUGGAAAAGUGCCCCAAAUAAGAAGGAUCAAGCUUUUCAAACUAAUUGAUUUGCCUCUACUAAAGCUGAAAAUAGCAUGGUCUUUGCAAUAGACCAUCAGACUGAAUCAGCUGAAACUGAUCCAUACACAGCAGAGAUACUGCUUGCACACUGCAAACAUACACUGCGUUUCUACCAGUCACCCUCACAGUUUGGCUAACAGGAACACAUACCCGUGAUGACCACUGCAUUUCUGCCAAACACAAAUAACAGUGUGGCAAACAGGCAACUGAUGCCAACAAGUAGAAUACCUGUAAAUUUACAAAAAAGGUAAACAUGCUUUAAUUUUUCCAUCAGAUGUUGCAGGUGUUGACAUACUAGUCUAACAGAGACAGCACUUUUUUCAUAGAAAGUUUUAUUAAAACCAACAUAAGAGCAGGACACAUGUUCCCAUUAACAAAGAAAAAAAAUUAAUUCUAUCUGGUGAAUUCAGUUUGAUCCGACGAUGCAUUUCAAAUGAUCCCAAAUUCAACAUGUAACAACUUAAACCUGCAUUAGCAUGCUGACGUGUGGAGGCCAUUCUGUACAGACUGACACAG